UAUUCAUCAGCCUCCGUUCUCAUUUCCCGUAUUAAGUCCAGCAGUAUUAAUUUCAUUUCUGCAGUGACUGAGGCGGCGAAACAGGCCACAUAUCGGUGAUCGGGUCAGUCUAAAGGCGCCGGCCGUGGGAGAUCAGUGUUCAAUAACCAGCCAUAGUGGUAGUACUGCUGGAAAUUGGAUAUAUUUCCAUUUACAGAUAUUUUACUGAUAAGGUGGAUUUACUGCCGUUGCUAUACAUCAAGGUGUUUUGGAUAUAGUGUGAUAUCGAGGGAAAAGUGAAGAAAACGUCUAAGGAUAUUAUUUCAUUCACGCAGCAAACCAUUGAACUUGUGAUGGUAAAGUUCGGCAAUGUCACCCACCAUAAAGUGUAGUAUAAGGUAACAGUUCUGAAAAACUACGACCAGGAAAUUCCACCACACACCCCUUAAUUUCCUGGUGUCAGCACGUGCAAUGUCGCAUCCUGUGCGUGUCCCGGCCCCGGGGGACAGCUCCAUGAUGUUCACGGGGACCAUCCGGGCCCAGCUCACCCCUGGCUCCCGUCUCCCGCGCCUCACGGUGGACCAGAUGACGGCACUGGAGGAGAACUUCAAACAGAACCGGAACCCAAACCAUUUUGAGCUGUCUCUCAUUUCAGCCGAGGUGGGCUUAUCGGAGCCGGAUGUUAAGGUUUGGUAUCAGCAUCGCUUAGCCGUGUGGAGACAGAGGCAGGGACUUCCGGCCAACAGUGGCUACGUCAACGAGUGACGUCAUCACUGAAUAAGAGCACGUGAAUAUUAUAGGACCAUGCAGUGCUUUUUUAUUUUUCGAGCGCCAGUAAAUAUCGGAUUCUUUAACUCCGUGAACAUUUCAAUGCUAGUUGUUAAUUGUUUUAUUGCUAUACUCGUUUCUUAAACGAGUGUUAUGUUGUUGUGAAGCGUGACGUCGUCCAUGUCUCCGUCAACCUCGGAGAAUUUCGGUUAAGGUGUGAUGGUAGCAUAUAACACG